AUGACUACAUUCCUCCGACUUGCUACAUCGAUGCUCAUUGACUUGAUAUCGAUUACCAGCUUGAAUCUGGUCUCUCUAGUGGCCUUCAUUCCGCGUCUGCAGCUGCCCCCCGGUCCCCCAUCAAUACCCUUGAUUGGGAACAUCCAGAAUAUACCUACUUCGCAUGCUUGGGUAACGUACGCAAAGUGGGCGGCAACCUACGGCGAUGUAAUCCAUGUACACGUAUUCGGUAAAUCUCUGGUUGUGUUGAACUCCUUAGAAACCGCAAAGGAUAUUCUUGAGAAACAUAGUUCUGUUACUUCGGAUAGGCCACAUUUCGUUAUGAUUUCCGAUUUAAUGGGGUGGGAUUGGGCAGUUCAAUUCAUGAGUGUAGGGCCACAGUUCCGACUUUAUCGCAAGACUCUUCAUCAUCUGUUGCAUCAGUCUGCAUGCAACAGCUACUGGCCUACAAUUCGAAAGGGUACGCGAUCACUUCUCAAAAAUCUGUUGCACCAUUCCGAAGCUGUGGAGCAUCACCUUCAACACCAUUCUGGUGGUAUAAUGAUGUCGAUCAUUUAUGGCACCGAAGAAGGGCCGUUGCGAGACAGCUAUCUUGCGAUGGCAGAGGAUGCUGUUGGUGGUUUGGUUGAAGCAGGAAACAUAGGUAAAUUCCUGGUUGACUUCGUACCGACAUUAAAACAUGUCCCGGACUGGUUCCCGGGGGCAUCCUUCAAGCGUAAAGCAGGGAUGUGGCGUAAAAUGGCGAGGGAUAUGAUCGAAAUCCCUUAUAGGAAUGUCUCUUCUCUCUAUGAUCUCGGUAUGGCCUCCCCCUCCGUCACUACAGCUCUUCUAGACCGACAGAAGGAAACGAGUCGACAAGUGUACGACCCCGAACUAAUCAAAGGGAUCGCGGGUGUACUCUACGUUGGUGGUGCAGAUACCUCUUUAUCAGCCUUGGAUACAUUCAUUUUAGCGAUGCUCCUCCAUCCGGAUAAGCAGAAAUGUGCGCAAAUGGAGAUCGACUGUGCCGUUGGACAAGGCAGACUUCCCGAGUUCUCUGAUAGACCUUCUCUUCCAUACAUGGACUGUGUUCUGUCCGAAGUACUGAGGUGGAAUUCAGGAGUACCAUUAGGGGAUAUAGAAUACCGUGGAUUUCGCAUUCCAGCGGGCGCAACAAUCUUGGUCAAUCAAUGGGCAAUACUACGUAGCGAACAGCAUUACUCAGACCCGGUUACAUUCACUCCAGAACGCUUUCUCCCUCGUCCGGAUGGGACACGCGCACUCGAUCCAAGAGAAGCCUCGUUUGGAUUUGGUCGUCGAAUUUGUCCGGGGAGAUACUUUGCAGACGAUCUCUUAUGGAUGCUAAUGGUGAACAUUCUUGCUGCUUUCGACAUCUGUAAGUUUACGGAUGUGGAUGGUAACACUAUUGAGCCAUCCGGAACAUAUAUCAAUGGGCUUGUGACUCGGCCAGAGCCGUUCAAGUGCAAGUUAAUACCCAGACUCCCCAACUUGGAACACCUCGUGGAAUCAGAGGUGUAG